GGACCUCGCCCCGCUCCGCGACCCCGUGUCCGCGGGCCUCCGCGCGGGGCAGCUGCCGGCGGCGGGAUCCCGGAGCACCGCGAGCCUCCGGUGCCUCCCCGCCCUGGGCUGAGGAGCAUGGCGCAUACCGCUUCCAUUUGUCUACAGGUCUCGGAAGCGAGGGCGCCAGCGGCCGGCGGGGGGGGGGGGUUACCACGCGGGGACAGCUCUCUACCCACCCGUGACGCGAGAGCAGGUCGAACCACAGCAGCGCUCUGCGCCGGCGGAGGGGUGGCGGGUGUCGGGCCCCGGGCCGCCACCGCCACCUUGGCCGCUGCUUCUUCUCCCGGCUCUGCCGCCUGUGCCAUCUUGUGUCAUGGCCGAGGAGCUUUCCACGGCCACAUCUUACACCGAAGAUGAUUUCUACUGUCCCGUCUGUCAGGAGGUGCUCAAAACGCCGGUACGGACCUCGGCCUGUCAGCACGUUUUCUGUAGAAAAUGUUUCCUGACUGCAAUGAGAGAAAGUGGAAUACAUUGUCCCCUGUGUCGUGGAAAUGUGACUAGAAAAGAAAGAGCAUGUCCCGAACGGGCCUUAGACCUUGAAAAUAUCAUGAGGAAGUUUUCUGGUAGCUGCAGAUGCUGUGCAAAACAGAUUAAAUUCUAUCGCAUGAGACAUCAUUACAAAUCUUGCAAGAAGUAUCAAGAUGAAUAUGGUGUGUCUUCUGUCAUUCCAAACUUACAGAUUUCCCAAGAUUCAGGAGGGAACAGUAAUAGGAGUGAAACAUCUACGUCAGAUACCAUAGAAACUUACCAAGAGAAUACAAGUUCUUCUGGACAUCCCACCUUUAAGUGUCCCUUGUGUCAAGAAUCAAAUCUUACCAGACAGCGUUUAUUGGAUCACUGUAACAGUAAUCACCUAUUUCAGAUAGUUCCUGUGACAUGUCCUAUUUGCGUGUCUCUUCCUUGGGGAGAUCCUACCCAGAUUACUAGAAAUUUCGUCAGUCAUCUAAAUCAAAGGCAUCAGUUUGAUUAUGGAGAAUUUGUGAAUCUUCAGCUAGAUGAGGAGACUCAGUACCAAACUGCUGUUGAAGAAUCUUUUCAAGUAAAUAUCUGAUGGCUCCAGAGAUCUGCACCUGUGCACCUGCCAGUGCCAUCUUUACAAGGAAAGGACACGGAGUCACCGUGUUCAGCACCUCGAUGUGUAUAUUAAUAAAAGUAAUCCAAUCUAUU